UGCCGUCUGUGACGAAAUCACUCUGAAAUUUAGUUGAGAUCUGCGACUGCGUGAUAAUUCAACCGUCAGACUUAAAACCGUUUUCAAUUAGCGUGGUUACGGGUCAAAAAAAAUGGGUCUAAACAAGUUUCAAAAUGUUACUACCAUUCUUUUUGAUUUAGAUAACACUUUAAUAAAUACGAAAGGUGCAGAUCGCUUAGCUUGCCAACAGGUUUCACAAUACCUUCAGAAUUGUGGAAUACGCCGUUCAACAGCUCGUGAAGUCGUUGAUAAGUUUUAUAACCUAAUUCGUGAACAACCUCACGAUCCCAAUAAUGAAGAUGGUGAUGUUGAUGCUUGGAGGGUACUAUUAUGGAAGCAAGCUUUGGGACCAGGACUUUCGACCAAGGCAUCGAUUGCUUACUCUAUGUGGAAAGAAUCCAGGACAAUCCACUUGAAAUUUGACCUGGCUUUGCAGAACAUGCUUGUUGAACUGAGAAAACAUUACAAAUUAGGAUUAAUUACAAACGGUCCAUCUUCAAGUCAAUGGGAAAAGAUUAGAAAAGUUAAUGGUUCUAUAUUUUUUGAUGCUAUUGUGGUGAGUGGAGAUGUGAAACAUUCCAAACCAGGUGUUGCCAUUUUCGAAGACGCUUUCAGAAUACUGGACUCUUCAUCUCUUGAAUGCGUUAUGGUGGGUGAUAAUUUGAACACUGAUAUCAAAGGAGGAAUUCGUGCUAAUUGUGCUGCCACAGUUUGGAUAAGUGAUGAGGGAUUGCCGGACCGAGAAGGUUGUCCGAAACCGGAUUUCCAGGUUUCGAAUGUCACGGAUAUAAUGGAUUUAUUACCCGAAAGGAAAGGCUUUUCAUUUCUUUGCCAGGAUAGAUCUGUGGGUCUUUACCAUAGUAUGAGAGAUGAAACACAUACUGGGAGGGUGAACUAAUAAGUUCUACGAUUUUACUGUGUGAUUGAGGCAAUUGUAUCAAAAAGAAGAACUCAGUUAUAGAGAGGGAUGCAUUUUCAAAGAAUUAUAUUGUUAAAUGCAACAAUAUUUGCUUGCAUAUUUUAUUGAUUAGUUGUUUAUAUGCAUGGAUGCAUUAGAUGUUUGUUCUCUUUGAGUAAGAACUUGAAAAAGUUACGCGCACAAAAGAGCUUUAUUUAGAUGUAUUACUUUUGUACAAAACUUUACUUCAUUUACAAUAAAUCGAAUUAUUUA